CUCAUUUUGGCAAGAACAAGGCGGGCACAACUGAAGCUACGUGCUUUCCACUGAUCACCAUGAAACUAAAAAACAAAAAUAAGAAGGCAGGUAAUGGUCCCAAAGGCUUCAAGAAGCCAGCAAAGGGCAGUGGUAAGAGAGCAAACCAUGACGUGCCCUCUGCCUCCCAGUUUGUUCGCUCCAAUGAUCAUGCCAGUCGUGAAGCUGAAUUAAGGAAGAAGAGGGUGGAAGAGAUGAGGGAGAAGCAACAGGCUGCCCGGGAGCAAGAGAGACACAGACAUAGGACUAUAGAGAGCUACUGCCAGGAUGUCCUUAGGCGCCAGGAGGAGUUUGAGCGCAAGGAAGAAGUUUUGCAGGAAUUAAAUAUGUUUCCUCAGCUGGAUGAUGAGGCUACGAGGAAGGCUUAUUAUAAAGAAUUUCGUAAGGUGGUAGAAUACUCUGAUGUGGUUCUGGAAGUCCUGGAUGCCAGAGACCCAUUGGGCUGCCGUUGUUUCCAGAUGGAGGAAGCUGUCCUGCAGGCACAAGGCAAUAAGAAGCUGGUCCUGGUCUUGAACAAGAUUGACCUGGUCCCCAAGAACAUUGUGGAGAAGUGGCUGGAUUACCUUCGGAACGAGCUGCCAACUGUGGCUUUUAAGGCCAGCACCCAGCAUCAAGUCAAAAACCUGAAUCGUUGUAACGUGCCUGUGGAUCAGGCCUCGGAGUCCCUGCUGAAAAGCAAAGCCUGUUUUGGAGCCGAAAAUCUCAUGAGGGUUCUGGGGAACUAUUGCCGCCUUGGUGAAGUGCGCACCCACAUCCGCGUGGGUGUUGUGGGCCUUCCCAAUGUUGGCAAGAGCAGCUUGAUCAACAGCCUGAAGCGCAGCCGUGCGUGCAGUGUGGGCGCUGUUCCUGGAGUCACGAAAUUCAUGCAGGAGGUCCAUCUAGACAAGUUCAUCAGGCUUCUGGAUGCUCCAGGUAUUGUCCCAGGACCCAAUUCCGAGGUGGGCACCAUCCUGCGCAACUGCAUCCAGGUGCAACAUCUGGCAGACCCUGUGACCCCAGUUGAGACCAUCCUGCAGCGUUGCAACCUGGAGGAGAUCUCCAGUUAUUAUGGGAUCUCUGGAUUCCAGACUACUGAGCAGUUUCUGACAGCAGUGGCCCACCGCUUGGGCAAGAAGAAGAAAGGAGGCAUUUACAGUCAGGAGCAAGCAGCCAAAGCUGUCCUGGCUGACUGGGUGAGUGGGAAGAUCAGCUUCUAUACACCACCACCACCCACCCACACGCUGCCUGCCCACAUCAGUGCCGAGAUUGUUAAGGAGAUGACAGAGGUCUUUGACAUUGAAGAUACUGAGCAGGCCAAUGAAGAUACCAUGGAAUAUCAGGACACGCAGGUUCCAAGGCAGCUCUCAGCAGGCUUGGCUACAGGAGAAUCUGAUGAGCUGUUGGGUGACACAGACCCCCUUGAAAUGGAGGUCAAGUGGCUUCAUUCUCCGAUGGUGAAAAUAGCGGAUGCCAUUGAAAAUAAAAGCACCGUGUAUAAGGUUGGAGAGCUCACUGGAUAUUGCACCAAACCAAACCGUCAUCAGAUGGGAUGGGCUAAGCGCAAUGUGGACUCCUUGCCCAGAAACAGCAAAGAGGUGAAUGUGUGUUCAGUGGACCGCCGCCCGAUGCUGCAGAAGAUCAUGGAGACAGACCCCCUGCAGCAGGGCCAGGCUCUGGCAUCUGCCCUGAAGAAUAAGAAGAAGAUGCAGAAACGUUCAGAUAAAAUCGCCAGCAAGCUGUCUGAUUCCAUGAUGUCUGCCCUCGACCUAUCUGGCAAUGCUGAUGACAGUGCUGGUGACUGAGCGACUGAUCUCCCUCCGCUCCCCCUCCAAGUACCAUUUCCAGUGGGAUGGGGAAUGCAGAUGAUACAGUUUGGUUCUCGAAGCCCCUGUGUAUUAGAAGAACCCAUCCCACGUGUCCCACUUGUAUGUCUCCCUUGUCUCCCUACCCCAACCCAGUGUUGCUACUGUCCUGUCCAGUAAACAGAAGUGUCCCAAGUAUCUGGAGCUGCCAAACCACCCAAUACCCUUUAUUUAACUCCUGUCCUCUUAGCAGAGAAGUAAGCGCCACCAGAACUCAGGUAGCUAGCAGUUCUUCCCCCACCUUCACUCUUGGGGUCCUAACCUGUAUGUUGGACUGGUGUGCAAGCUGAUCCCUACUUCCCUAAACCCUCUUGGGUGAUGGACAUGCAGCUCGUGCCUAGGCUGCUGAGAGUCCUGGAGGUUCCUGGGAAGGGAGUAUGUGUAUGUAGACGGCUCUCAUAGGCAAGGCUGUCCUGCCAUGGACUUCGUGCAACACAUCAUCCUUCCAGGUCUACAGUCUGUUGCCUGCUUGGCAGCCUGGGUGGGCAGAGAAAGUGAUGAGCCUUGUGUUGCUGGAAGAGUCUAGGGUUAGAGGAAAGAAGAGAAUGUAUAAGUCUGUCUGAUGCUGAAGGGUGGCAGGUAGUAAGUAGUUCGCUCACAGGAAGAGGAAACAAGGUAGCUGUUGGUAGAAAGGCUAGGCAGGCUGACUUGGAAGAAUCCUUUUAACUGAAGUACUCGGCUGCACCAUACUGUGCCAGCAUUUGAAUUCUGUGAUUCACAAGGAUUCUGGUACCAUGUAUUCACAGACUGUGUCUUCAAGGAAUUAUUGUAGUUGGAGGUGUACCUGCUAACUCCUUUUUUAGAGUUCAGAGGCCACCCCAAUAAAAUAUAAUUAGCUACCUCCUCUUGGAGAACUUAUUCCAUCUAGACAGUGGGCCCGUCCCAGUGCCAGGGACCUUCAGAAGGAGACUAGGAUCCAUGAUUGCAACUGAAACUCACUCUUGUCGUGUUCUUUGGGAUUCCGUGCAUGAUUGCUUAGGUAGCAUCGGCAGCUUAUUUUUGCAUUUGUCUCGGGCUGGCACUCUCUGCCCAGGUGCUAGAAGGGAAACUGCAUGAUAGGCGCCAGAAAGCCACUGGCUGGACACUGGGCAGGACAGUGUAGACUCUGAUCAUUUAGGAUUAACUGAGUAGAUAAUUUGGUAUUGUUUGAGCACAAACUGCAUCAAGGCCUGAGAAUCUGUUAGCUCCCGUGACUGUAGUUCCCAUGUGAAAAAUAAACAGGCUCAGAGGGUGGACAGGCUGUACCCAAGAUAACAUGUUAGGGAAUCAUGUCACAGGUACAAUAUAAGUGUCACUAAAACCUUGUCCUCUGCAUUGUACUGCAUCUGUAACAAAGGAAUAUUAAGUGCCUACUGUGUGCUGCUGGUUUCUGAUACCAAGUUGUUGAAAUGCAUCGCCCCCCCCCCCUUGAUUUGAAACCAAUUUCACAAUAUUUCAUUAUCCAGCAACAGGGUUACAGAACUUUCUGGCAUGCCUGGGGACUGAGACCUGGUGGUUUGGAGGGGAGAGUCCAUAAGAUCUAUUUGGGCCAGACUGAUUCACCAGCCAAUUAGGAAUCCUGAGAUGGGCUGUCAGCA